AUGGCUGGUGGGCAGGAAAAAUGGUAUUUUACAAAAGAUCAACUACUGAAUUCUCCAAGCAGAAAAUGCGGUUUAGAUGCAGAUAAAGAGUUAGCAUAUCGGCAGCAGGCCGCAAAUUUAAUACAGGACAUGGGCCAGAGGCUUCAAGUCUCUCAAUUAUGCAUCAACACGGCGAUAGUGUAUAUGCACAGGUUCUUCGCCUUUCAUUCCUUCACGCAGUUCCAUCGGAAUGCUAUUGCUGCUGCAGCGCUGUUCCUCGCCGCCAAGGUGGAGGAACAGCCAAGAAAAUUGGAAUAUGUUAUAAAGGUGGCACACGUAUGCCUCCACAGAGGUGAGAGUGUCAACGCUCUCACUGCGGAACAGUACCAAGAACAGGCGCAGGACCUGGUAUUCAACGAGAACGUACUCCUUCAGACUUUAGGGUUCGAUGUUGCGAUCGACCACCCUCACACUCACGUUGUACGGACGUGUCACCUUGUCAAAGCACCAAAAGAUUUGGCACAAACGUCGUACUUCAUGGCUUCAAACAGCCUGCAUUUAACAACGAUGUGUUUACAAUACAGGCCGACAGUUGUAGCUUGCUUCUGUAUACAUUUGGCUUCGAAAUGGAGCAAUUGGGCGAUCCCACAAUCAAACGAGGGCCGUCACUGGUUCUCUUACGUAGACCGUUCGGUCACCACGGAGCUGCUCGAACGGCUCACCGCCGAGUUCCUGCUCAUCUUUGAGAAGUGCCCCUCUAGGCUCAAGAGGAAAAUGAUGAACGUGAAAGCUGCCGAUGGAAGUUCGCCACAUUCGUUGGCGAAUGCUUCAGGGUCGGGGGUUGCCAAUUCGCCCUUCGACAAGAAGCACCCACCAUCUAGCACAGAUGAGAUAGACAAAUCUUUUGACAAAGAGUAUGAACGUGAGAGACGUCGUCAACCAGUACCUGGGGGCUAUGUACCUGCAACGACUUCACAACCCACACAACCUCCACCCCAGAAAAUAGACUAUAACCUGUAUAGAGAGAAACGAGAAAGAGAAGAAAGAGAAAGGCGAGAGGAAAGAGAGAAGCGACAGCAGGCUAUGGCGGCUCAACAACGUCCUGGAGCGAGUAGACCUCCUACUGGAACGCAACCGCCACCCCACCACCAGAGGCCAACUGCUCAACAUCACCAUAAACCUCACCAUCCCUGGCCUCAACACAAGCCACAUCAUCAGAAACCUCCUCAUGACCACAGGCAUCACCGUCCGCCAAUACCGGGCACUUCAGCUCCGGCUCCUGCGCCUACGUCACAUCCUCCUCAGCCACAGCCAGAAAUAGUGCCACAAAGAACUCGCCCUCCGUCUCUAUUCUCGCCAGAGAGUGCAAUUAACCCCACCGCUGCGGCUGCCGCGGCUCCGCGCCGUCCUCCGUCGCAACAACCCCCUGUACAACCGAGCCAACCUCCUCCACAACCCUCGCAUCGACUAAAGCCCGAGGUAUCGUCACGACCACCUAACCCUGCACCCACGCCUGCAAUUCCCCAACCCGUGCCGCAGGAAGUGCAGAGACCUGAACAGAGGCCGCCCAGUCCGCACAGGAAGAGGCCGGACCCCACCGCUGCGAUUAGAGAAAUGCAACCUCCUGCUAUACUAUCCCCAUUUUCGUCUCCGCCUCCAAAGGAGCAUCCAAAACAACAGAGACAACGCGUCAUGUCUAACUCUGAACCGGAGUUAAUUCCAGUAGUCAAAAAAUUAGAUGAAACGCCCGGGUACGAGAACGUUAUCCGCGAUUCACAAAGAGGAAGUUCCAUUAAGACCCGGGGGCCGGAACGCAAACCUGAGCCCCCUACGAGGCCACUAAACGGUAUCGAAACGGACCCGGCUCAGGUGUCUAAUCUACUCAAAGAGAGCUUGGCUAAACCGGCGCCUAUCACAGUGGUAACGGAGCGCAAAUCGCCCGAGGUAAAACGCGAGGUACCGGUCGAACCACCCGCCCCUCCACCUGUAAUCCAACCUCCUCCCCCGCCCGUCGAACCGAUCGCACAGCCUGCUGAAGAAACAAACGAACACAGACACAAGAAGGAAAAGAAAAAGAAGGAUAAACACAAACAUAAAGAUCGGGACAAGUCAAAAGAGGAGAGGAAGAAACAUAAAAAGGAUAAAGACAAGAGAAGAGACAGUCCGCCACCGCAGCCGCCGCCGUCCGAACAGACGGCGGACGGCGCGCUAAGGAUCACUAUUCCCAAGGAAAAGCUGACCAGCCCUGGGUUGAAGAUCAAGAUACCCAAGGAGCGGCUCGCGGCGCCCCCGCCUCCCCCGCAGACGUCGAGUCUCAAGAUCAAGAUCUCCCGCGACGUGCUCGACUCGUCGCGCAAGCGCGCGACCGCGCCCGACGCCGGCCCGCCGCCCAAGAUGCCGCGACACAACGGAGCGCCGCACCACCCUAAGGUAGGCCACUGGAAUGUUCCCCCCCCCUACAGGCAGCCGCUGCCCUACUUUAUGGUGCAACCGCCGCCGCCGCUGUACUACGGCAUGCCCCUAGACGGCUACUACUACGGCAUGGAGGGCUACAUGUACCCGCCGCAGCAUGCCCCGGUGCGGCCCGCGCGGCCUCCGCGCCCGCCCCCGCAACCCCCCCAGCCUCCACAGCCGCCUCUGCCGGCCAUGCCCCCGCCGCCCGUGCCGCCCCCGCCCCCCGAAUAA